AUACACACACAAAAAAAAAACAGUUUAAAAGACAACGCACUUUCCUAUAGUUACAUACACACACCCGUUGUGAUAACCGUCCGCAAGCAUACUCAGACUACAAAAUGGCAGGUGCUUAUACCAUUGUAACUUUUUACCACCACACAAGUCUGGAAGGAAUGAAGCUAAUUGCACAGUCGGGGUACAUCAAGAAAUCGACUGACGUGACAACAGACGCCAAAUGUGGUCCCGGUGUCUACUUGACCAACUUGAGCGCAUCAUGUCCGGUGCCCGUAGUAUUGAGCAACAACUACGGCUCGGCUGGGACCCAUAUGAUGGAUAGAGCGGAAGCCACUGUAGCCCUUGAUCUGCCCAACAAUAUGGUUACCACGUGUCUGUUGGGGGAGAGAGUUGUUUAUACUGUGCCGGAAGAUAUAUUAUUAAAGGACAUAAAUCACAGGUUUUAUGUGAGGUGUGAAGAUGGGACGCCUAAACGAGUAUACUUGUGAGAAACUGAACGUUCACUUGCAUACAUGUUUGUUUCACAGUCUUAUUGAAAUAUUCUCUUUCUGUCUAUAAAUCUAUAGAUAUGAAAUAAAAUCUCGAAAACUGAAAA